AUGUAUGUUUAUAACAAACAAAAUAUGUAUCUACAUACGAAUAAUAAAAUAAAUAAUUUCGAUAAUACAUAUAAUAAAUAUUUUAAAAAUAACUUGUUCAAAGAAAACCAGUUCAACGACUUGAAUAAAUUUAAGAGUAACGAAGCCAACGAUUUAUAUGAAAACGUUAUUAAUAUAAAUAAAAGAAAUAGUAAUUUAAUAAAUUAUAAGAUGGGCCAGAAAAAUGUAAAGAUUCAACAAAAUGGGAUGUAUGAUAUAAAGAAUGAUAUAUAUAAUAAUAGAUAUAAUAAUAUGGCAUAUCAUAAUACUAAUAUAAAACCAGGAAACUAUAAUUUGAAUAAUAUUAAAAUAUUAGAAGAAGGAGAGGAAGAAGAAGAAUAUGAAAAGGAAAAGGAAAAGGAAAAUGGAAGGGCAAAUUAUCAUAUAAACACAUAUCAUGCAUAUCAUAACAAUAAUUUAAAUAAUAAUAUUCCACCUGUUUUUAAAUAUGAUGAUAUAAUAAAUAAUAAUAAUAAUAAUAUUAAUAAUAAUAAUAAUAAUAAUAAUAAUAAUGAUAAGCCUUUCAAGGGAGAUUAUAAACAUAAUCCUAAUCAUAUACAUCUUUUUAAUAAAAACAAUAAUAGUAAUGAACCAUUUACUUAUAAUACAAAUAAUAAUGAUAUUAUAUAUAGUAAUAAUAACAAAUUGAAUCUUUUUCAUAAUUCGAAAAAUUCUUACCCAUGGUCAGAAAAGUAUAAUAUAAAAAAUAAUAAUGAAAAUACAGAUUCAAAUAAAAAACAUUUUAAUAACAUAAAUCAUUUUGCUUAUAGAAAUAAUUCAAAUGUAACCACCAAUAAUCACAUUAACCAUGAUAUGAAUAAUCAAACUAUUAAUACAAAUGAGUUUAAUAAUAUGUAUCGUAAUCAUAAUUUUACAAAGACACAAGAUAUGAAAAAUAAACAGGAUUACUUAGGAAAUAACACUCAUCAUUUUAACAGUACAAAUAACAAUUCUUAUAAUAAAAACAUUGAUUUGUUUAAUGUCAAGAAGGACAAAAAUAAUGAUAUUGAUGACAUUAUUAAGAAAUAUACUACUGAAAAGGAUAACACGGAUAAUAAUAAUAAUAAUAAUAAUAAUAAUAAUAAUAAAUUUAAUUAUUUGUAUGGGAAUAAUGAUAUUUUGAAUGACAUUUUAAGAAAUAGUAAUAAUAAUUACAAUAAUAAUAAUAAUUAUAAUAAUAAUAAUUAUAAUAAUAAUUAUUAUAAUAAUAAUAAUUAUAAUAAUAAUUAUAAUAAUAAUAAUAUAAACAAAUUGAAUAAUAACAAUUGUUAUAGUAAAACGAAAUUAUUAACAUACAACACAUCGUCCUUACGAAAUAAACAAAAAGAUGAUGAAGAAAAGAAAAGGGAAAAGAAGUUGAAUUUAUUAAAAAACAUCAUAGUUAAUAACCCCAAUAAAAAAUGUAAUAUGAGUUUUAAUGACGAUUUUUAUGAUAGCCUAGCUCAAGAAAAUUUUAAUACAAAUACAAGUUCAAUAAUUGAAUAUAAUGUUGGUACGAUACCAAGUGAUGAUGUGUUUAAUAAGAAGAAUUAUAAAAAUAAUCAUAUUAAAGAUUACAUGAACGAUCAUGAUAAAAAUAUGCACAAAACAAAAGAACACAAUAAUAUAUAUGAUAAAAAUAUUUAUGAAGAUAAUGAAAAAAAUAUAUAUGAUAAAAAUAAAAUGUAUAAUUUUUUAUAUGACGAUCUUAAUACAGUAGAUAAAAUGAAUGAGACACCAUAUAUUAUGAAUAAACAUAAAUUUUAUAAUGAAAAUGUACCUAAUGAAGAAGAUAAUAAUAUGACCAUAGAGAAAAAUUAUGAUUUUUUUUCAUAUGAUAAAACAUAUAAAAAAAUCAACAACUUUAAUGAUGAUAUCGAUUUAGUAAAAAAUAAAGAAAAAAACUAUAAUCUAUUAAAUAAUAAUAUAAAUAUGUAUGAUAAUGUCCAAACAGGAUUAAAUCAAGGGGUAGACAUUUUUCGUACGCCCAUGAGAAAUUAUAAUGUUAAUAAUAAUUAUGAAGAAGAUUUUUAUACAUAUAAAAAUAAUACAAAUAUUUCUGUUAACAAAAAUGAGAAGCAAGUGUUUCAAUAUAACUCGUUCGAAAAUAAUAAUAAUAAUAAUAAUAAAUAUAAUGAUAAUAAUAACAAUAAUAAUAACAAUAAUAAUAAUAAUAAUAAUAAUUGUAAAAAUGAGCCUCAUAAAUAUGAUAAACUUAUAUAUGACAAACACAAUUUUAACAACCUUGGGCACAAGAUUAAUGAUAAAGGAAAUGAUCAUUAUGAUGAGAAUUUAAACAAAAUGUCACCUUUUCAUAAAUUCAAUGAUAACAAUAAUAAUAAUAAUAAUAAUUAUUAUUAUUUAAAUGAAAAUAAUUUAAAACAUUUUGAACAAAAUAAAAUAGGAGCUAAUAACGGAAGAAAUUCUUUUUUAAAAAAUUCAAAUUUUUUGUUGGAUGAUAUGGAUAAAUACAAAAAUGAUCAAUAUGAUAGGAUUAAUAAAAAUUAUCAUAGUGCAGUAGAAAGAAAAAGUUAUUUAUAUAAAAAUAAUAUUCCCAUAAAUAAUACUUUGAAAAAAAAUGAUCAAAAUGAAUUACUUUAUUUAGAUAAUCCAAAUGAAAUAAAUAUUUUUAGAAAUACAGAUAAAGGUAACGAGCACUUCACACAGGAUACUUUUUUAAAGAAAAAUACAAAUAUUAUAGAAAUGAAUAAGAUAUUGAAUAAAUAUAAUAAUGAUGAUAAAUUAAAUACUCUAGACAAUUAUGAUAAUAAUAUAUUUUAUAUGAACAAAAUAAAAAACACAAACAAUCAUAAUAAUAAUAAUGAUAAUAUUUAUAACAAUAAAGAUAAUAUUUAUAACAAUAAAGAUAAUAUUUAUAACAAUAAAGAUAAUAUUUAUAACAAUAAAGAUAAUAUUUAUAACAAUAAUUAUAAUAAUAAUUUUUAUUCGAGAAGCGAAAAAUCACCGCAAUGUAAUAAUCAAGAUGAUAUAUAUAAUUAUAGAGAUAUAUUUAAUAAAAACAAAUGGGAUUUUUUAAAAAACGAUGACAUGCUAUUAAAUAAUAAUAUGACUAGUCUAAAUAAUAUGGAGAAGAACAAAUAUGUAAAUCAUACUACUAAUAAAUACACACCAUAUAUAAACAACAACAACAAUAAUGAUAAUAAUAAGAAUGAUAAUAUAUUUAAUAUACAUAAUGAUAAAUAUAUGAACGGAAUAAAUAACAUUCAACAAAAUAAAAAUAACAUGGUUCCAUAUUCAUAUGACAAAGAUAAAGACAAAAUUAACAAAAUUUUUAAAAAUAAUUAUGAUGAAAAUAUUGAUGAUAUUAAGUUAAGUAACAUAUGUUUUAAUAAUAAAAAGGAAAAUGACAUAUACAAUGUUAUAAAAAAUUAUAAUUCUCCUAUGCAUAUAUCUACUAAUAUGAAUAAUGCACAUACCGUUUUAAAAAAGAAAAAUUUUCUUAAUCUUGAAAAUAAUAAUGUACCCCCCAUGGAUCAUAUAACAUACAACCAUAAUAAUGUACAUAAUAAUAAAAGUGAUAUACUAAAUAAAAAUACAAAUAAUAGUUAUAUUUAUAAUAAUAACAUAAUUUACAAAGGAAAAAAUAAUGAUGAUAUGACAUAUAAAGAAACAGAUGAUAUUUAUACAAAGGAUAAUAAUAUUUCACAAAAAUAUUUUCCAAAUAAAAUAAAUAUAUUUCAUAAAGAUGAUGAAUAUGAAAAAUUACA